AUGCGGCCUCGGUCGGCGCUGCUCCCUGCAGCGACAUAUCGCAAUUCUCGACUAUGCACAGCGAGUAGCUUCGCGCGAACCACGCCGGGACGACCAACAUUGCCUCUUCCGCGCAUCGGGGCAAAUUCCCAGCAGCAGCGAUGCAUUACGCAGCAGUAUAUCCGACGCAUGAAGGACGCGGAGAAGGAAUGGGCUGGAUUCGCCGAGGAAAUAAAGGCCGGGAAGAGGAAGAGCUUCACGGCGCAUCUCGAGGAACGGGGUCUGAUUCAUGAUGUCGUUGGGGAACGCGAAUUGCUGGAUAAGGUCUUCACGGAGAAGAGAGUUGGGAUGUACGUUGGAAUCGACCCGACUGCGCCCUCCAUGCACGUUGGACAUAUGCUUCCCUUUAUGGUGUUGGCUUGGGGAUACGUCUGGGGCCUACCGGUGACAUUUUUGCUCGGUGGUGCUACGUCUCGAGUCGGCGAUCCUACAGGGCGGUUAAAGGGUCGGGAACAAGUGCAUUCGUCGAUUCGGAAAGCAAAUAUGGCAAGCAUGCAUAUGCAGCUGAAGAAGCUGGGUACGAGCAUUGAGCAGUACGGCCGAAGACACGGGUACGAACGACAGCCGAUCUGGAAGCGCGCCCUGACAAACAAUAAUACCUGGUGGAACUCGAUGCCUUUCCUGGAAAUCCUGCGCGAUCUGGGAGUAUAUAUGAGAGUUGGUCCGAUGCUCGGCAGAGAUACUGUCAAGAGCCGAUUAAACACCGGAGAUGGCAUGUCGUUUGCUGAGUUCUCUUACCCGCUGCUGCAAGCGUGGGAUUGGUGGACGCUGUUCCAGAGGGGUGUUCAGGUGCAAGUGGGAGGUUCCGAUCAAUAUGGAAACAUCCUGUUUGGUAUGGAUGCCGUCAAGUCGAUCAGCCAAAAUACUGCCAACGAGCAGGUCCGGAACCCCUUGGAAUCGGAGAUCGACAGGCCGAUUGGCUUCACCACCCCGUUAUUGACAGCACCAUCGGGCGAGAAGUUUGGCAAGUCUGCCGGCAAUGCUAUUUGGCUCGACAAGGACUUGACUUCGACAUUUGAACUUUACCAGUUCUUCGUCCGCACGCCUGAUGAUACCGUCGAGCGCUACCUGAAGCUAUUCACUUUCUUGCCUUUGCCCGAGAUCGCCACGAUCAUGGAGGAGCAGAACAAAGACCCCUCGAAGCGAGUUGCUCAACAUGCGCUGGCAUUUGAGUUCGUGGAGCUCAUCCAUGGCAAAGACGAGGCGGAUGCCGUCGCGCUCCAGCACCGCCAGCUGUUCCGGCCGCGAUCAUCGAACGCCGAACCUACGCCACUCCGUCGGUCAUCCAGUCCUCCCGCUAGCCACGCCCAGUCUCCCACGGCUGGGUUCAUCACGCCUCAGUCUGGGAACCCAUAUGCGCCCCAGACAAACUUUGCCAACAUGCCCGGGGUUAAUGUGACCCUUCCACGCUCCCUCGUCUAUGGCCAAUCAUUCAACAAGGUCUUGUGGUCAGCAGGGCUUGUUUCCUCCAAGAGCGAGGGCCACCGGGUCAUCGUGAACAACGGUGCCUCGGUUGGCAGCCGUCCCGGCGAUAGCGGGCCCAUGUCGGAUGACCUCUCUUUCACUCCCAUCAAGACCUGGUUCGCGGAGAAGACCGAGGACUACAUCAUUGAGGGUAACUUGCUGAUGCUGAAGCUGGGCAAGUGGAAGUUCAAGAUCGUGCAGAUUGUCAGCGACGAGGAAUUCCGCGAGCGUGGGCUGACUGCUCCGGGAUGGGAAGAAGAACCGAAGGAAUGA